AUGACGGCAAAUGAAGAACACGAAUUGACGGCUUUCGAGGAUCAUGAUGCUUCUGAACAACAAAGCACAGCUCAUCCGACACCGGAAUCAAGCUCAGCAUCUGCAUCGGUAUCACCCGUAGCAAAAAAUGCAAACGGGAAACCGUACAGAACUACUAGACGAAAAAUGCCAAUGCCACCACCACCAAGGGCUACACCAUCAAGCUCAUCGGGAUACCCAGGAGUUAGCUGGAAUAAAAGAAUGGGAGCAUGGCUGUCAUUUUAUUAUGAUGCAGACACAAGAAGAAGUCGUACAUUCCAUCCGAAAUAUUACGAUUUCGAUGUUGAAAAGGCAAAACAAGCCGCUAUAGAAUUCAUGAAGUCUAUUGAGAAACACCCAAGAUGCAGCUUACGAAAAGGUAGAAGAGAAGCAAAAGCUGCUGCACAACUUAAUGCGAAAAAUGAAGAAAAACAACAGUUUGCAGAAGGAGCAGGACGAACGCGAAAAAGAUCGGCAAAUAAUCACCUAAUGGGGGCUGAUUAUAAUGCGCGAAAUGCCAAAUCACCCAUCAACCGCCAAAACACGCAAACGUCUAUAUCCGAUAUGUAUGAUCUAGAAGCUUUGAAGAGAAAUUUUCAUAUGAACUCAAAUCUAGUAGAUCCAUGCUAUAUAGCUAAUACCGGCUCAAUGGAACCGGAGUACUCAGCACCAGGGGGACUGCUGGAAAAUAACUAUCUAAGCGGGUCAUUUGAAUCACAACAGGACUUCGACAAGGGAUAUCAGAGCCCGAUGAACUGGCAAUCACCACAUAAUUUCUUCGGAAAUCCAGAAUACUACGUUGAUACGCAAAAUUAUAGUCUACCCUUUCUAGAGGGAGAUAUGGCAUACUCACCUCAAGCAAGCAACGUAUUUCCUGAAAGUGACGUAGUGUUCGCGCCGAACAACACAGAAGUUUCACAACACCUACCAACACCUGAAAGAAUGACACAAGAACAACAAGAUAGACACUCUCAACAAAUGUUUGUAGGAAAUUAUGAAACGUCGCCGACAAACGAAGAAACGGACAUACGCAUGCUAAUGCAAUCUAUCGCGCUCUCGUCAGCAGAAAAUGUUGACGGAUUUCGAAUGAACUCGUACAACUAUGGGGAAAGCAAUGCAAAUUACCAAAACACGCCACAAAGAUACUCCAACAGAAUGAACACUCCACUAGGGAGCCCGUACUUUUCUCCAUAUGUACAAACGAUUUACAACCACUUCCCAGAAGACUCGGAUCUAAAUAGGACAUUCGGAUUUCAAACAAUGCUUCUAGCGAAUGAACCGCAGUCUAAUCAACAAGCACAAUCUGUGAUGCACUCACAGAGCUGA